CGUCACUCGCGUCUGGCUAGCAGCUCCCCGCUGCCCCGCGCUGGGCGGGCUGGCAUCAGGCCCGGGGAAAGCGGAACAGUAGUUCUGUGUGGCACUGUUUGUGGUGAAGAGAAAGGAAGAAGGAGAAGAGAAAAACUGCACGGGAUCUAUGGAGGUCUUCCCAUAGGCCUGCAGUGGGGCUGUUCACCAAUGGAAGCAAGGAAAAGAGGAGACCACUGGCCUGGGACCAUGGAGAUCUGCCUGUGUGACUGCUGCAAGGCUUGAGAUCACUGGAAGCAAAGAAACAAAGAGGAAAUUGUUCCUUAUCAGUAGAGACUGGUAAGAAGGUCCAACGAUCUCAUGAGUUUAUGUAUCUACUCUAGGAUUUAUCACCAAACCAGAGAAAGAAAGAGGAGGGAACUGCCUUAGACUAUUACAGGUCCACCUCUAGUGGCAGCUGUAGUGGCCUUAGAGUGGCUGAAGACCAGCGCCCUCACAGAUCUACAUCAAGACCUACCACCCUAUUCCCCCAGCCCAAGUGUUGAUUCCCUAAUAAAAGCCCUUCACGCUGAAAUCUGUCUCUGAGUCUGCUCCCUGGGAAGCCAACCUGCAACAGUCGGUACAAGAAGAGGUGCAAGAAAGCAAACACUGUGACGAAAUUUUGGAGAUGAAUCACCUGCUGCCAAGCUGGCAAUGAGGAUUUCAUCAUUGGUGGUUUGCAGGACAUAGUGCACUUGGAGGCAAGAAAGAGAAGGAAGAAACUGCCUGGACCUCUGUGGGUGUACGUGAGGGAGCCACUGCUCCCAGGACAUCUGGAAGGGCAGGAGUGGUGGUGUUUUCUGUGCUGCAGCAAAGCCAGUCAGCCGUAGCCGAAGACUCUGCUCCCCUGUGGGCCAGAGCAGACCUGUUCAGUGCCUAGGUUAAGAGAUUCUCCCAGGCUGUACCAUGGGCCGCACUCGGGAAGCUGGCUGCGUGGCUGCUGGUGUUGUCAUCGGGGCUGGUGCCUGCUACUGCGUGUAUAGACUGACCUGGGGAAGAGAUGAGAAUGAGAAAAUCUGGGAUGACGACCAGGAGUCCAGUGACACGUCAGAGGCUGCAACUGAGACUGGAAAAGGAGUAAAGGCUAACAUUGGGGCAGGGUCUGGGGCCAAAGUUCAGGGUUACUCGAACGCCAAAGCUGAGGUGAGUUUGGGACUUGAGAGUGGAGCAGGUGUUAAAGAGGAGUCCCGCUCAGCAUCUCAGAGUGGAGGUGGCCUAGAGGCCAAGGCCAAAGCCCUUUUCAGUACACUGAAGGAACAGGCAAGCGCAAAGGCAGGCAGAGGGGGCAGGGUGGGUACCAUCUCUGGGAACAGGACCCUGGGACCAAGUUUACCUUGCCCAGGAGGCAGGGGUGGAGGCUGCCACCCCUCCAGGAGUGGGGCUAGGGCUGGGGGCAGGUCAAGUGGAAAAUCCAAGGGAAAGACCCGAAGUAAGAGCACCAGGACUCCAGCUACAACAUGGCCUGUCCGCAGGGGCAAGUUCAACUUUCCUUAUAAAAUUGAUGAUAUUCUGAGUGCUCCUGACCUUCAAAAGGUCCUUAAUAUCCUAGACAGAACAAAUGAUCCUUUUACUCAAGAAGUAGCCUUGGUCACUCUGGGUAACAAUGCAGCAUAUUCAUUUAAUCAAAAUGCCAUACGUGAAUUGGGUGGUGUCCCGAUUAUUGCAAAACUGAUAAAAACAAAAGAUCCUAUUAUUAGGGAAAAGACUUACAAUGCCCUUAAUAACUUGAGUGUGAAUGCUGAAAAUCAGGGCAAAAUUAAGACGUAUAUCAGUCAAGUGUGUGAUGACACCAUGGUCUGUCGCUUGGACUCAGCUGUGCAGAUGGCUGGUCUAAGACUGUUAACCAACAUGACUGUGACUAAUCAUUACCAACAUUUGCUUUCCUAUUCUUUUCCAGACUUUUUUGCUUUGUUAUUCCUGGGAAAUCACUUCACCAAGAUACAGAUUAUGAAACUAAUUAUAAACUUCACCGAAAAUCCAGCUAUGACGAGAGAACUAGUCAGUUGUAAAGUACCAUCAGAAUUGAUUUCCCUCUUUAAUAAAGAAUGGGAUAGAGAGAUUCUUCUUAAUAUCCUUACUCUAUUUGAGAAUAUAAAUGACAACAUAAAAAGUGAAGGGCUUGCAUCAUCCAGGAAGGAAUUCAGCAGAAGUUCACUUUUUUUCUUAUUCAAAGAAUCUGGAGUUUGUGUCAAGAAAAUCAAAGCAUUAGCAAAUCACAAAGAUCUGGUGGUGAAAGUAAAGGUCCUAAAAGUAUUAACCAAACUCUAAUUUGGAGUCUAUUCCAAACAGUGUGGCGGCAACCUUUUAAGUUUGCACCUGCAAACUCUGUAUUUUGUAAAUCUUUGCUUGCACUCUGCUUAUGUGGCAAAGAGAUCCUUUCAGCUACUAUUUUGGAAUAAUGAGUAUCAUAGAUCCUCAACAGUGAUUGGUGCUGGUUGUGAUGGUUCAUUUAGGCUGGACCCUUUUAAGAUGCCAGAUGAAUAUUAGAGCUUGUACAAAGAAUGAAUUUGUUGAUUUGACCUUGUUAUGUUGAUUUGAUCUUGCUACUUAAAUUGCGAUAUUUGUACUCUUUUUUUUCUACCUAAACUGACAGCAAGUUAAUUGUACAUCAUAAAUAAGCUGUACUUUUGUAUUGGUUUACUUUUGUUAAUCUAAGACUG